AUGGAGAGACCAAUCACCGUUGAAGAAGCUCAAAGAGAUCAAGACGAUCUGGCAAGAUUGAUAGGAUACCAAAUUUAUUCAGCGAGAAUUCCUGCAAGUCAAUCCAUCCUCUUAUCCGAUGGAACGGCGAAUUUCAUGGUCAACUCAAAGAAAUUGCAAAUCAACAAAGGUAAGUCUUCUUUUCAAAAUUGGCCGGUGUUAUGCACCCAAUCUGAUACUCAAACCACAACAAAAGCCAGCGUGGCCACGACAUCAAAUAUUUUCAAUGUGACCACGGCACAAUCACGAAACACAUUUACAGGAUACCGUAAUAAGAAGAGCUUUCGUUUUCUUGGUAUACCUUAUUCGAACGUUCCUGCAAGGUGGACUUAUGGAAAAGUGAAUACGAGAACAAAGUCGUAUUUUAAUGCGACUUCUUUUGGCUCGAUUUGCCCUCAAUCAGGAUCGCAAGUUGACGAUGAGAACUGUUUGUUCUUGAACAUUUGGACGAACUACCUUCCCUCUGGUUCAAAUGAUAAUUUGAGACCUGUCUUAUUCUGGAUUCACGGUGGCGCUUUCACUGGUGGUUCUGGUUCAGACCCAACAUUUGAUGGUGGAAACUUGGUAUCUCGUGGUGAUGUGAUUUUGGUCACAAUCAAUUAUCGAUUGGCUAACCUUGGAUUUUUAAAUGUACCAGGUACAAAUAUAACUGGUAAUUAUGGAAUAGCCGAUCAAAUAUUAGCUCUGAAAUGGGUACGAAACAACAUCAAAGCCUUUGGCGGCGAUCCAGAUCGAAUCACAAUUUGGGGUCAAAGUGCGGGAGCAGGCAGCGUUCGCGCUUUGUUGGGUAGUCCAGAAUCUCGUAACUUAUUCGCAGCAGCUAUACCCGGAUCAAAUCUGGGUGGAUAUGAUUACGGAACAUCGUAUUCACAAUACUAUACACCGCAAGAAAGUUAUGCUGUUAUUGGUAAUGCAACAAUCUUUGCAGCAGGUUGCAGCGGCAAUAAUUCAUCAACGAUUCAAUGUCUCCAACGUGUUUCAGCUUAUGAUCUGCAAAACACUGUACCUAACAAAAGCCCGGCCAAUGGCAAUAGUGCCCGGUUUGUGAUUGUUGAUGGUACAUACAUUACCGAAUCAAGACUCAAUGUCACGGAUCGUAGAAAAGUCGCAAACGUUCCGACCCUCUGGGGCAAUGUGGCUGAAGAUGCGGCCCCUUUCCUUCAGUACUCUUCUUCAGGCACUAAUCGAACAACUGCAAUCAGUUCAGUACUAUAUGGUGAUCAGGCUUCCUUUGCCAAAGAUGUUUUAGCAAACGAAAACCUUUUUCCACUCGGAACAUCUUUGUCUAAUAAUAUUUCUCUAAACGCUUUCAAUCUUUCCGCUCAAGUUGGAACAGAUGUGAUCUUUAGAUGCUUAGAUCAAGCAACAGUCUCAAGUGCCCUAAAGCACAAAUCUUUCCAAAAAUCGUGGUAUUAUCAAUUCGAACGUACAUAUCAACCCAGCGGUUUUGAUCCUAAUGCGCCUGUUUGUGACGCUCCAAAGACGGCAAACAGACCAAACGGUGAUCCAAGCUUACCUUAUCUCCGUUGCCAUUCUGGCGACCUUUUAUUUGAGUUUGGUAACUAUGCAAACGAAGCGGUGGUCUUUCGUGAUCAAUACGAUUUACCAUUUACUGCUUUGAUUAUGGAUUAUUGGACUGCAUUUGCUCGUGAUCAUGAUCCCAAUCCGCCAACGGACUACUUGUCUGUAAGAGGAUAUAGCAGCACAGCAGAAAUUACUCAAAAAACGGGAAGAUGGCAAGAAUCACAAUCGCAGAACCUGAAUGCACGAUUGUUAGAUGCUUUACCUAGGCAAUUAUUCACUUCGAUACGCUCAAAGCAAUGCAGUAUAGUUGGAAUUCCGAGUGAGUACCUUGAACCAUCGUCUAUAGCAACCUGA